GAAACGAAGAGACGAGAGGAGAGUAGACCAGAGAAGCAGCAAGGCCCGUCAUUUUCUUUUGAGCUCCAAUAUAUAUUUUCUAAAUCACAUUUCAGUUUCAUCCGAUUAAAAAAUUAGGGUUUAAGCAGCUAAAGCAGCAAGCCAAUGGCCUGAAUAUGGACAAUCAGCUCCUUUUCACGCCUAAUCGUGAUUGAAAUCCUGAUUCUUUUGGGUUUUACCGAUGGCCGUGGUGAGUCCAGUCCCUCCAAUCACGCAGGUUGGGAGUCCGUUGAGGCUUUCUGAGUUUGGAGGUUCGAGGAAGAUGAACGGCAGAAGUUGUAGUAGCAGCGCCAGCGAGGUUGCGCCCGUGGCUAGGAUGAUUGAAGAGAAGAUAUACGUCGCCGUUGGGAAAUCCGUCAAGGAGAGCAAGUCGCUGCUUGUUUGGGCUUUGCAGAACUCGGGAGGGAAGAAGAUUUGCCUUCUUCACGUUCACACUCCUGCUCUGAUGAUUCCUAUGAUGGGUGCCAAAUUUCCAGCAAGUUCGCUGAAAGAGAAGGAAGUCAGGGCAUUCCGUGACAUUGAAAGACAGGAAAUGUACAAGAUCCUAGCUGAAUAUCUCCGUUUAUGUCGAAAAGCAGGGGUCCAGGCUGAAGAGCUGGUUGUUGAGAAGGAAUCCAUCGAGGAUGGCAUCCUUGAGCUUAUCACUAGUCAUGGGAUUAAGAAGCUUGUGAUGGGAGCUGCAGCAAACAGGCGAUAUUCCAAGACUAUGAUAGCCCCUAAGUCAAAGAAGGCCACCUCAGUGAAGGAACGAGCACCAGCUUAUUGUCAUAUAUGGUUUGUUUGCAAGGGCCAUCUUAUCCACCCGAGGCUUGCUACUUUGCAUCAAGAUGAUGACACCAAAUCCCCUCAGCAACAAGGGAGUCCAAGCAUGAGAACUGGGAAUUACCUGCGAUCCCGUUCUGCUCAGGUGAAGCCUUCCAACCCAGUGCAAGAUCUGUUCCGCAGGAUGUCUUCUCUAAAUCUUGAUGCCGAAUCCAAUGGGGGGAGAGAAACACAGCCUACUAUGCCAGAUGAUACUAGAAAGGUGGGAACACCAGGGGCCAGGUCAGAUGCAAGUUCUGAUGAAUGUGAAUCAAGGAGCACAUCACAGGGUUCAAAUCUAUCAGCAAGUUCUUCUGGUGAAAUGGUCAACCUUGCUGUUGUUCCCAGUUUGAUAACUGUAGGUAGUUUCAUGGCUUCAGAGAUAAGCACUUUGCCAGAGAAUGCAGAUGGUCUUUAUCAUACAUCUCCUCCCACUGUACUGGAAAGAACUUUAGUGGAUCCUCUUUACGAACAGCUUAAACGGACAAUGGAAGAGUCUAUAAGCACCAGGAGGGAAGCACUUGAGGAAGCACUCAGGCGUGCAAAAGCUGAAAAGAAUGCCAUUGAGGCCAUACACAGGGUGAAGGCAUUAGAAAGCCUCUAUGCUGAAGAGUCAAAGCAAAGAAAAGAGAUCGAACAAGCAAUAGCGAAAGAAAAAGAAGAAGUUGAUGUCAUGAGGAAUAACCGGGACAAAGUUAACGAUGAACUUCGUGUUGCCUUGGAUCAUAAAGCAUUACUAGAAACCCAAAUUGCUGAAUCUGAUCAAACAGUUAAGGAAUUUGAGCAAAAAAUCUUUGCUGCCGUUGAGCUGUUGCAAAAAUACAAGGAAGAGCGCGAAGAAUUGCAGGUGGUGCGCGAUAAUGCACUAAGGCAAGCUGAAGAGCUGAGGAGAAGUAGAGCAGAGGCUUCAAAAGCAACAAUGGAUGAGUUCUUUUCGGAGUUCAGAUUCACAGAGAUCGAGGAAGCAACUAAUAACUUCGAUCCAUCUUUGAAGAUUGGUGAAGGUGGAUAUGGUAGCAUUUACAGAGGGGUACUGCGACACAGCCAAGUGGCUAUAAAGAUGCUUCACGCACAUAGCAUGCAAGGUCCCUCAGAGUUUCAACAAGAGGUGGAUAUAUUGAGCAAGAUGAGGCACCCAAAUCUUGUCACCCUGAUUGGAGCCUGUCCUGAAGCCUGGACUCUUGUAUAUGAGUUUCUUCCGAAUGGAAGCCUUGAAGAUAGACUGAGCUGCAGGGACAACUCUCCUCCUUUAUCUUGGCAAACUCGUAUCCGCAUAGUCACCGAGCUAUGCUCUGUUCUCAUAUUUCUUCACUCAAGCAAACCACAUAGCAUUGUUCAUGGUGAUCUGAAACCCGCAAAUAUUCUCUUAGAUGCUAACUUGGUUUGCAAGCUAAGUGACUUUGGGAUCGCCCGGUUACUUCAUCAAGAUGAAGAUUCCAGUGGCAGAGAAAUGAUGCUUCACAGGACUGCUCCAAAGGGUACUUUUGCUUAUAUGGAUCCCGAGUUUCUUGCCUCCGGGGAGCUCACUCCCAAGUCCGAUCUUUAUUCCUUUGGGAUAAUACUUUUAUGUUUGUUGACUGGGAGGUCGCCUUUGGGUUUAACCAAAGAAGUGCAAGAUGCAUUAAACAAAGGCAACUUGAAAUCUCUACUAGAUCCUUUGGCAGGGGACUGGCCCUUUGUGCAAGCCGAACAGUUGGCUCGUUUGGCACUACGCUGCUGCGAGUUAAACCGGGAAAACCGGCCAGAUCUUGCAUCAGAGGUAUGGAGGGUGCUCGAACCUUUGAAGGCAUCAUGUGGAGGGCCAUCAAGUUUCCGGGCUGGAUCAGAAGAACCAUGCCAGCCUCCUUUGUACUUCAUAUGCCCCAUUUUCCUGGAAGUUAUGAGGGAUCCACAUGUAGCAGCCGAUGGAUUUACAUAUGAAGCAGAAGCAUUUAGAGGAUGGCUGGACAGUGGACAUGAGACGUCCCCGAUGACCAAUAUGAAGCUUGAGCAUUCCAAUCUCGUCCCCAACCGGGCACUGCGUUCUGCGAUUCAGGAGUGGCUUCAACAGCAACAAAGCAGCAUCACUUGAUUUUCCCUUUUGAGCAAUGCAUCUGUUAAUGUCACUAUGUUUGCAAGAUGGAGAUCGUGGAACUACUGUUUGCUUGUAGAGAAACGUACAUUACCGUUGUUUGUACAUAUGCACACAGAUAUACAUACAUUAUAUAAACAUAGCAUCUUUGCUUUCUGUAUUAGAUGCAAGAUGUACGC